AAAUUUACUGAAACGCCGGAAAUGGCGCGAAUGUUAAAGAAUUUUAAUAAAUUCUGAUAAUUAUGCCGCAAAUAUGAAGACGUCAGCGUUCAAGUCACCAAGAACGUUGACUAAUGAACCAUGGAACUUUGCUCCUCCCCAGAUUCAUGUGGUUCCCUGUAUGACUGGUGGGUUACAGAGAUUGUUAAAGCGUAUAAAGAUAGAUGGCCGUCCAAAGUUAUCUGAAGGUUGUUACACUAAUCUCCAGGGGCAGUUUGAUCCGAAAGGAAAAUGUGUACUUGGGUCAAGGUAUACUGUGAUGGAGACUUUAGAUGUUGAAGGACAGACGGCAGUUUUAGUCCGAGCACUGGAUGAAUUUUCAAAUCGGACAGUUGUGAUAAAAAUUUUACAUUCUCGUUUCUUCCACCUUGGAGCGCAGGAAAGCCAAAUAUUAUCGUAUUUAGCACAGGCUGAUCCCCUCAACCAUUCCCAUACUGUCAGAUUAUUGACGACAUUUGCAUUUGAUAACCAUUAUUGCCUUGUAUUUGAACCAAUGAUACCAAAGCCAUUGUCAUUUGUCUUCAAUGACAUUCCAGAUCGAAAGAAACUGGCUGACAUCAGGCGUAUAGGAUUACGUUUACUGUCAUCUGUAGGAUUUCUUCAUCAGCAGAACCUGAUACAUGCAGACCUGAAACCUGACAACAUUUUACUUAAAUACGAAGAUGACCUUGACAGUGUGCAUAUUGUCGACUUUGGGAAUGCAAUAAACUAUGUUCACACGGAGAUGUCGAUCUAUUACAAAGACUUUGACCUACAGACACCUUUAUACAGAGCACCCGAGGUAAUUUAUGGUUUACCAUUUGGACCUGAGAUAGACAUAUGGUCUCUGGGAUGUAUAUUGGUAGAACUAGUGAUCGGGAGGCCAUUAUUCCUCAGUACAACUAUGAAAGGUAUCAUUGAACAGAUAGCUUCCAUACUAGGACCAUUUCCCGCCAAGGUGUUCGCACGAGGAAAGUUUUUCAGAAACUAUAAGAAGUACACAACAGAUAGAGACCAAACUAACUGUACCCUGAAGCUGAUGGAUAUUUUACAGUGUAUAGAUAUACAGUUAGCUGAUUUGAUAAGUGGAAUGUUGACUUAUAAUCCAAAGGAGAGACUUACAGUAUCCCAGGCAGCUAGACAUCCAUUCUUUGCUAGUCACAUACCUUUGGCUUUCUUAUCAAGCGAUUCUGGUGUAUCUUCCUUUAACAUUGGCUUGACAGAGAAAUCUUAUAGGUACAAGCCUAAAAUACCGUCUAACAUGAGGAAACACCCGCUAGUAGGCCGCGAUCAUGUCGCCAAUGUCACUGCAGAGUUACCUAGCUUGAGGGAGAUAUCAUCAGUGAUAAAACCUAAACCAGUGGCUGGAAAACUCAACUAUAGCAAUUCAGGCAGGACUGUGGAAGAUGUGAAAAAGAAUUCAACUUCAGCUGUAUGUGAAAAUGUUGAUAUAUGUAGACAGAGGCAUUCUGCUGUCCCGGCAUUUAGAAAUUUAUGUGGUGAUGAGAGGGAAAAGAAUUUGAAAAAUAUCAAUAAUGAAAUGGCUUUAUUACAGGAAGCUGUGAGAAGAAAAAGAAAACUGUCUGAAAAGGAUUUAAAAUUGAAAGACAGGUCUGAAGAACGUAGGCAUAAUAGAGAAAACGACAGAGAUUUAAUGAUCGAGCAUUCAAGAAGUAAAGACACGUUAAAGAGACCCUGUCCACGAUAUGCGAGGAAUGUUGAGAAAGAAAUUGUAAAUUGUGGUGUUUAUUCAAGCCACGCAAAGAGUAGUACAAGGUCAAAGGAUAAUUCAAGGGGAAAGGUCACACAUAUGACACUUAAGGGGAAUUCUGAUUUUCCAAAAUCAGAUUUUCGUCAAAGGGUACGUACCUCACAAAGGCCUGAAUUAAACGAUAGUAAAAACAGUCAGACAGUCUUGAGAUGUGAGGAAAGGUAUUCGUCUUUUCAGUCGGAUGACACAGACUGGCAAGACAGUUCAUCAACAGCCGCUACCCACUUAGAAACAAGAUAUCAUAGAUAUCGGCCUUUUGCCUUAAGAAGUGAUUAUGUAGGUGAAAGGUAUAGCAGUACAGAAGCUAAAGAAUCUUCAUCCGAUGAUAGUUAUUCAGUUAUGAUGUUUAGCGACAGUUCUCAAAUGAAAGGUUCACAAAAUGAUCAUUCCGUCACCUCCGGAUAUGAAUGUUUGGAAAGUACUCAAGAUGACGUGGAAAGCUCUGAGUAUACAAGUGACACUGACGAUAGUUUGCUGGACAGAGAAACUUCACAUUCAGGGAAUUGUAUGAGUGAUAACAUGCACUCGCAAAGAUCUUCUAAUAAAAGCAGGCGAAUUCAGGAAAGCAGUGGAAGCAAGAAACCGGUUUCUGAUAGAAUGUUGAAAAAGAAAACAGAAUAUCGUUAUACUGGGAGGACAGCCACUCAUGGUACUGAACGCUUCAGAGUACUCAAUAUAGGAACAGAUACAUCUGACAGUGAUAAAAUGUGUUCAAGAACUGCUUUACCUGGCACACUCUCAAAAACAUGUUUUAGUGACUCGAAGAAAUCUUCACAUGUAGUUACACCACAUAAAAACAGAAAGAGACGUGCAGGGGAAAUUGCAUAUAAUAGUGAAGAUGAAGAAUUAAUACUGCUGUCACCAAUGCAUGGUACAUCAGCUAAGAAGAAGUCUGAUAUUUUUGGUUUUAAAAAGCAAAGGACGGAAAAAGCAGGUAAAAAUAUACUUGUCGGUGAAGAUGAAGAAUUAAUAUUGCUUUCUCCGAAGCAAGGUUUAUCAGAUAGGAAGAAGUCCGGCAUUCAGGGAAACUGGAAAAAGGAAAAUGAACACCAUUGUAAGAGAAGUCGGUCUAAUGAUAGUAAGGCAGACUCUGGUAUUUGCUAUACAGAAACUGAAUUCUCUAUUGAUACUGUCAGAGUAAAAGAUGAAAAACCUGACCCAAGAACAGUUUCACCUAGAAAAGAUGAAAAAAUAGGCAUGAGAGGAUUUUCACACACAAACAUUUUACACGAAAACGAUCAAAAACCAGAUUCAGGGACUGUUUUAAGUGGCCUGGCCUCAAAGAAGUAUUGGAAGAAUGAAGGGAAUACUGCAGAUGUAGUUUCACCUCGUAUUCACAAAAAGAGACAGGCUAGUCAAAAUAUACCAGAUACUGACGAGGAAAAGUUCAGCUUGUCUGCAAUGUCAAAGAGGAAGAGAUCAGCCAAUUCGGAAUCCUCGGAUUUAAGAAGGUAUAAAAGUAAUUACUCGUCUUCAAGACAAAAUGACGAACAGAGAAGGUGGAGCUCAGGACAGAGGAGGAGGAGGAGCUCAGAUAUUGUAGAAACUCCCAACAACAACAUUUCAGGUUGCGAAGCAGACAUGCAUCAACCAACUGCCCACCGUUCUGUGUAUACGACUAGUCCAAAAAACAUUAGACCAGACACUGGGGGAAUCAACGUUAAUACGUCUGCGAAAAAGUGCCAGUCUUCACAGAAUACAUCUAUGGAACAUGGCGUUACCUCCAGUUCUCAAUAUAAAUGUAGAAGUGAGGAAAAAAUUGGUUAUGACUUGAAAUUCAGGGAAAGAAAAAUAUCACCAGUAUUACCAAAUCAAAGAGAAUUAUUUACCCAAACAAACAAUACAAUGUUACAAAGUCCUGAAAUCAUUUAUAAAGAAACAUUUUCAGACAAGCUGUCAGCAAAAUCAUCACUAUUGCCAGAAAUUAUAAGCAUGCAAAAUAGCCCUGAAAUUGUAUAUAAGGAAAAUCGCAUUGAACAAAAAGACAUUGUCACUGAAGGAGUAAAAGUUUUCAACGGACAGUCUAAAACAAAUUCUUUUAAUAAAGGAUUAAAAACACAGCAAGUUAAGCCUAGUUAUGAGCGUUCAAAUCAGAGACGAUCAUCUUCGGGGAAAUUUGAGAGAAACAGUUCGAAGGAAUAUGUUUGCUCUCAGAAUCAUGUUUAUCAGAAUAGGGCCACUUGUAAUGACAAAUAUGUCACUCCAGAAUUGAAAAGUUCCGGUGAUAAUUCAAAACAAGUUAAGACAUUUCCCGGCAAGAAUGGGGAUUAUUUAUUCAAAAGUACACCUGAUACGGAUAUAAAGAUCAUUUCUAAAUAUAGCAAUGGAGAAAGAAUAGUUCAUGAAAAUGGAAAAAGAGAGAAUGCUAGGAAAAGUUUAGAGUUUAAUGCAAGAGAUAGAGUCAUUUUGGGACAUACAGAGAGGAAAAAGCAUUCCUAAAUGUGCCAGUUCUUAGAGAAGUGGGGACCAGCAAGUGAUUAGGAAAAACUCUUUAGAAAAGUAGUUGUUUUGGCAUACAUGUUUAAAAGGUUUUUACAUAAAGAAACAAUUUGAAACAUUGAAAAUACCAUAGGAAUGAUACGGGCACUUAGGAUAUGAAAUAAAUAAAUAAACUGUAGGGGUAGGCAGAAAUGUACAAAGUGUAAGGUUUGGUAAGCUCUUGAGUCAGCAAGACACUUGAUUAAAGCCAAUAAGUGGUCAACUCACUGUGUAUAGGAAUGAAUGUACGAAAGAAGUAAAAAAUGUUACCAUAGACUAUGGCAGUUUUUUUUCGGACAGUACAAAGUGGGAAAUCUCCCACUGAAAAUGGAUAUACUUUCCUUUUGUUAAGUGUAAAUUGCUGGCAAUUCAUUGUUAAUGUUUAUGCCCCCACAAAGUGGCAGCAUAUAGUGUUGCACUUGUACGUCUGUCCGUACAUCCCGAAAUCUUGUGAACGCAACUCCUCUUAAACCGGAUGGCAGAUUUUGCUUAAACUUCCCGGGAUGAACAACCUUAAUGUGUAGAUGGAAUUAAAGGAAGGAAUUUUUGCUGCGACCUAAUUUAACAGAAUUAUAGCCUUUUGUUGAUUUUUUCACUAUAUACCAUAUAUAUGUUGUCAGUGGGGGCAUCGGUGUCCUUUGGACACAGUUCUAGUUUGUUCUGUUUUAUUAAAUUGUAUCUUAGAGAUAACCACUACAUAUACUCAUUGACAAACACUGGCUAUUUAUUUAAUGUAAAUUAGUAUUAAUAAUUUUAGUACUUAGAGCAUCUUGACAGUCUAUUUGAGCCUCGCCAUGACAAAACCAACAUAAUGGAUUUGUGACCAGCAUUGAUCCAGACCGGCAUUGAUCUGCGCUGUCUGGUCAGGAUCAAUGCUGUUCGCUAUCAGUUUCUCUACUUGUUAAAGGGUUUGUAAGUCCUGAUUAGACUGUGCGGAUGCGCAGGCUGGUCUGGAUCCAUGCUGGUCAAAAAACCCAUAAUGUUGGUUUUGUCAUGGUGCAGCUCAUUUGAAGUUUUAGCUUCUGUGGACUGUUUAGCUACCUGUAUGCAAUUUUAUUGAUUUCAUUUGAUUUUUAUGUUUUCAAAAUAUUUGUUACAAAAAUGUACUUUUAUGGAGCAAAACUUUAUAUAAUUAAGUGAAGCUGAACUUAUCUGGCUUACGUAAA